AUGGAAGGAACAAAUAUGGAUCCAAGCUCUAAUGCUGCUUCUUAAAAUCAACCUCAAAAUUAAAGCUAGCCAGCAUAGCAAAAGUCAAAUAUCAUAACCAAGAGCAUCCCUAAAAAUUUCAUUAUUUUCUGGGCUAUUUUAACUCUAAUAUUCCUUUACUAUAAGAGAUAUCUACUGAUAUAUCCCACAGGCUACUUCGAAUUAGAAUUCGUGGGGAUAGCCAUAACUCUCUCAGUUCAAUACUUCAGACUAUUCUGUGGCAGUAGAGGAAAUAAAAAUGAAGCAUCCCUUAUAACAUUUUUCUUUAUCUUACUUUGCUUGCCAUGUUUAAUUGGUCACAUAUACUAUGUUAUUUUACAAACCUACGCGCUUGCAUUUGAAGUGAUCAUGGGCGUAAUCAUAGUUCUUUGUAUUAUUAUUGAACUAUUACUAGCAUUCUUUGCAUCUAUCGAUUUCAGAAGUUUAGAGAAGGCUCAAUGA